UCUGUCUUUUCGAGAUAAACAUAUUUAAAAGGAAGAAAAAAAUCAAGUACAAAUUGCAUUUUGUGUAUAUGUCUGCUAUGCCUUAUGGGCACUUCUAUAUAUGGACAGGCUAUUAGCGGUGUUCGUAUUCGCCGCUGUCUUGGCUGUUGCUGCCGCCGCCCCCGGGCUAUACGGAGGUGCCAUCGCCGCGGCCCCCCUCACCUCGGCGUGGGGCCAUGGUGCCGUCGUCGGUGCCCCCCUGAUUAGCACCGGAGUGGUUAAGGCCGCUGUCCCAGUUGCCACUUCUUAUGCUAACACUGUCAGGAUCGCCACCCCUGCCGCUGCCGUGGUUGCUGCGCAUGCACCGAUCGUCGCUGCUCAUGGUCCCCUCCUCGCUGCCCCAGCUCUUGCCCACGGAUGGUAAUUUACCAGCCCCCUUCCCGCUCGGACCUUAACAUCUGGAUCGAGCAAUGCAACAGUCAACGUCUCUAAAUCUUAUUUAAUUCUUUAGUAUUAAGAACUUUUGGAAUGGCAGAUUGGAGCGAAAAAAGCUCGCAUCUGGGUCGGAAAACUGUUUGGAAUGAUAAUAAA